AGAUAUCUCUGCAAGAUAAGAUAUAAGAUGAUAGUAAUUACCUCAUGCUUGCAUCGCUGUGGUCAUAUUCACUCGCCAUUAGACAUCAUCGAGGUUAUUUAAUCGACGGGAGAAGGCUAUCGUCACGUGAUGGAAGUACACGUGGCUCUGAUAACGGUUUUGGUGACGGUCUUCGUGACGGAACUCCUUGGAAACGGCGUCCAACCGAGGAGAAAAGCUCCCCCCAAGGGCGUCCCCCAGCCGGCCCGUCGCGUGUGCUACUACCAGGCGGGUUCUGUCACGCGCCCAGGGGAGGCCAGCUUCAGGAUCGAGGAUAUUCCGGGCGAUCUGUGCACGCAUGUUCUGUACGCGUUCAGCGCCCUCUCUGAGACCACGUGGGAAAUGGUUCCUAAGAAUCCAAAGUUCGACCUAGAGCAACGUGGCUACGAGAGGUUUGUAGGAUUGAAGGACAGAUUCCCUGGCCUGAGGACUGUCCUGUCUAUCGGAGGCUGGGGGGAUGGCGGGGGAAAAUACUCUCAGAUGGUCAGCACGCCACAGCGACGCCAGGACUUCGUGUUGAGCGUCGUCGCCUUCCUCGACACUUACGGCUUCGACGGGCUGGACGUGGACUGGGAGUACCCCGGGGACUCCAACCGAGGCGGGAGUCCAGAAGACUUUAAUAACUUUCCCUUGCUGCUUCAGGAGCUCCGUGAAGCCUUCGACGCCGAGGGUCGCGGUUGGGAGCUGACUAUAGCCGCCACCAGCACCGAGGAUAAAGUACUCAAAGGGUACAACGUUCCUGAACUGUGCAGAACUGUGGAUGCCGUGUACCUAAUGACCUACAACCUACGGGGGCUGUGGAAUGACUACGCAGACGUCCAUUCCAUGUUGUACGUAAGACCCGGUCUCGACACAGGCAACAAGCUGGAGUUGAACGUUAAUGGCGGGGUGCUCUUAUGGGAGAACCUUGGCUGUCCUCGGAACAAGAUAGUGGUAGGCGUGCCCUUCUACGGAAAGUCCUAUACCCUCUGCAACUCCUCUAUAAACGGCCUCCAUGCCCCUAUCAAUGGCACAGGGCAGAGCGGACCUAUUCUCAAGAAAGAAGGUGUCCACAUGUAUUUCGAGACCUGCUACUUGCUCCAGAAUGCCGGUUGGGUGCGACAGUGGGAUGACGGAGGCCUAGUACCAUUCGCUUAUUCUGGUGAUCAAUGGGUAGGUUACGAGGACAUGGAAAGCCUUAAGAUCAAAAUGGACUACAUCCGGAACAUGGGCUUACUUGGGGCCAUGGACUGGGCCAUUAACGAUGAUGACUUCCGUGACCUGUGUGGCUAUGGGCCCUAUCCUCUGAUGAGGACUAUUUAUGAAGGGCUGAAAAACUACACUGUCCGGAGUACUUAAGUGAACACCUCCAACGUUAUUAUGAGUUCACAGAAAGGAUUUUUGAUUAUAACUAAAAUGUUAUAAUUUAGUUUUAUUUCAGUUUUUACAGUGCAUAUUCUUGGUGUGACAUGCUGUCUGUCUUAUCUUGCUUCUAAGUUAUCCCACGUGUGCUAGGAAUGGCCGGGGUUACCACAGCACAUAUUUAGUUGUAUAUAAUGGCAGGAAAUCAUAUUCAAUUUUCACUAAGUUUUUAAGAUAUUAUAUUACAUAUGUUUGAUGUUUAUUGUUUGUAGCUUAAACAUCUCAGUCCUUUUUCUUAAGUAAACUUCGUCAGUGCACAUUGGUCAGUAUAUAUAUAUAUAUAUAUAUAUAUAUAUAUAUAUAUAUAUAUAUAUAUAUAUAUAUAUAUAUCAAUGUACAUCCAGUUUGUAAUGGAGUCUGGACAAUGAUACAACAGUUUCUCAUGUGUUAAAGUAUUUAGUCUCAGAGAGUACAGGAUAAUUACAAAAUGACAACUUUGUCUGUAGGUUAUAAACUAAAUAAUAGGCUGGAGAAGAAAUGUAUAACGCAAUUUAUCAGUAUCUCUUAUAUACCCAAAAUAUAAAGUAUUUACAAAGAAUAUAAAUAGCCUCGAUAUAUCACUUGACUACAUCGCGGAAAGCAAGAGAUCCGACUAUCUAGUGUAAACUUGAUAAAGAAAGCAUGGUAACACUGUGCGCAUGUUCAUCCUUGUAGGUAUUAAAGGACAAUGAUUCUUAACCUGGGAGGAAGAGGUAUAUUUUUUAUUCUCUUAAGUGUGUGUGUUAAUACUGUGUUUAUGAAAAAAAAAAGUUUUGCUUGCACUCACCCAGUGAAAUGGUAGAAAUUUAUCUGAUAAUGUUUGUUAUUCUCUUAACAACUCCGUAGGCUAAUACCGAGGUUUUGAGAAAAGCAAACACAAGGCUCUUAUUAACUUUUUUUACGUUUAUUUUGGCUUCCCAUUUUCUGCAAUAAUUGAACCCCCCAUGGUUGGGGGUGAGGCGGCGUAGGGGGGACUUUGACAUGUAUUUAAAGGUGCCAGGGGGCGUGGCAUGGAAGAAAAAUAUUAAUGACAAAUGUGUUAAAUAAAGAUACCUAAAAAAAAGAAAAGAUUGCCACCUUUUCUGCGACAAGUGAAUUCGUUGCAUUGGAGACUUUUUCAAACAGUAGAAAAAGCGUUUAGAAUUCCCAGCAACAUGUUUCACGUCAUCGUUUAAAGGCAACUUUUCUAGGAAACAUCACCCAACGAGUUGAAUGUUGGUCUGGUGACGUCACUGAUUUUCAAAGACGUUGAUUGAUUGAAGACUGUACUGUACAUUGUGAGGAAAAAUUAUCUAAAACCUCCUUUCGUACAGACCGCUCUGGUUCCUCUAUAACCGUUGGCAAUCUUUCUGGUCUGACCACCAAUAAACUGCAAAGCAUAAAA